GUGAUGAACUCUACAAAGUUUUCAUAUUUCACACUCUCACCCUACUUUGACUCCGGGCUUCUAGAGUACGUAUCAUUCAUGACUGUCAUGUCUCUGUAUGUUUUGAUUCUUUGCUCCAACCUCCUGCUGAUUGUGGUUAUCUGUGUGAACAGAAGCUUACAUGAACCUAUGUACAUGUUUCUGUGCAGCCUGUUUGUAAAUGAACUGUAUGGUAGUACAGGGUUGUUUCCAUUCCUGCUGCUUCAGAUCCUCUCUGACAUUCACACUGUCUCUGCUUCAGCUUGUUUCCUGCAGAUUUUCUGUGUGUACACAUAUGCAAAUGUGGAGAUCUGUAAUUUAGCCGUCAUGUCUUAUGACAGAUAUCUUGCUAUCUGUUGUCCUCUACAAUAUAACAUGCAUAUGACCCACAACAGGACCGUCAUACUCAUCGCUCUAACAUGGUUAUACCCUUUUCUUGCAGUCAUUGUCUUGAUAUCAUUGAGUGCCUCUCUGCAGCUGUGUGGGAACAUCAUUAACAAAGUGUACUGUGACAACUACUCUGUUGUCAAACUGGCCUGCUCUGACACAACAGUCAAUAACGUCUAUGGGAUGAUUUACACAACUGCAACAAUUUGUGUUGUAAUUUUAAUAUUUUAUUCUUAUAUCAGGAUCCUUAAAGUUUGUUUCUCUGGUUCUAAACAGACGAGACAGAAAGCCGUCAGCACCUGCACACCUCACCUCGCCUCUCUGCUCAACUUCUCUUUCGGGGCUUUCUUUGAAAUAGUGUCAAGCAGAUUUGAUAUGAAACAUUUACCUGAUAUGUUGCGCAUGUUUUUAUCAUUAUACUGGCUCACAUGCCAGCCGCUCUUCAACCCUGUACUGUACGGACUGAAUUUAACCAAAAUUCGCAUCAUAUUUAAAAAUCUCAUGUUUGGGAAAAUUUAG